UGUGUCUGAGCUCCCGACGUUGCCACCCAGCAGCACCUUGUCUUUUUCAAAGGUGUCUUUUUUUUUAAGGUGUCUUUUUUAUAAAGGUGUGUUUCCCAACAUUGCAACAACAGAAGUGAAGGAGAAAGAAGAACAUUUUCGCUGAGAACGCUUUUAAAAGACGGAGAUUUGGUGGCCACGCGAGACGCGGAGCAGAAGAAUGUGUUUCUGUGCCUGGGCUUUAAUGACUUUAUAACACAAGACAUUGGAAUAGUUUGUAAGAGAAGACGUUGAAAAAGGGGCUAAAAAAGAAGGCGAUGGAGCGGAAUAUCUUGUGCUUGUUUGACGUGGACGGUACUCUGACAGCACCGAGAUCGAAAAUAGACCCACAGCUGGACCAGUUCUUACAAACUCUUCGACGCGAAGUGAAGAUCGGCAUCGUUGGAGGCUCCGACUACUCCAAGAUAGCGGAGCAGCUCGGAGAAGGAGACGAAGUCCUACACAAGUUUGACUAUGUGUUUACUGAGAACGGCACAGUGCAGUACAAAGAUGGAAAGCUCCUCUCUAAACAUGCUAUCCAGGAGCAUAUUGGAGAGGAGCUGCUGCAGGACCUGAUCAACUUCUGCCUGAACUACAUGGGUCUCAUCCAGCUGCCAAAGAAAAGGGGAACGUUCAUUGAGCUGAGGAAUGGAAUGCUCAAUAUUUGCCCCAUCGGUCGGAGCUGCACCACGGAGGAGCGAAUGGAAUUCUCUGAAAUUGAUAAGAGAGAAAAAAUCAGGGAGAAAUUUGUGGCGGCCCUGAAAGAGGAAUUUGCUGGCAAGGGACUGAGGUUCACCAGAGGCGGACUAAUCAGCUUUGACGUGUUUCCGGAAGGCUGGGACAAGAGGCUGUGUCUGGACCUGCUGGAGAGAGAAGGCCUGGAGCGCAUCUACUUCUUUGGCAACGAGACGUCAGAUGGAGGAAACGAUUACGAAAUCUACAACGACCCUCGGACCAUCGGUGUUACAGUUUGCUCUCCGGAAGACACGGCCAGCAAAUGUCAAUGUUUCCUCAGCGACUCGUCACACGAAUCCUGAUGUUACGUUCUCGGACAACUUUGACUGCCUGAUAUGUCUGCUGAAAGGUUUGUUCGUGCAUGAACUGCUCAAACGCACGCAAUACUCAUCGCAUUCCUCCAAUGACAUCAUGUGUUCGUACGGUAGUAGGGCUGGGCCGUAUGGCAGAAAACUCUAUCACCAUCUACCUGUUUUGUACCCGUCCUUUUUUGAUCAACUAUGGAAUAUAAGGGGUUAAGUGUAAACAUUUUAAUGGGAAAUGGAACUUCCUCUGAUUAUAAUCCCUCAACUAUCAAGACAGAAAGGAAAUAUCAACACAGUCAAAGUCAACAAAAUAAUAAUUGAACACUUCAUAAUAACAUCCUAUAAUUAAAAUAACUAUUUUCUGCAAAUUUAGUGGCAGGAAAUAACGUCUGUGUAACAUUAUUUUGCCCUGUUUUUCUUAUUUAAGUAUGAAAAAUGAAUUUUCGUUAAGCAGUAAUUAUUUAGAUAUUAUUAUCAUAUCAGGAAAUCUGGGAUUCCCUGCUUAGGCUGCUGCCCCCGCGACCCGACCUCGGAUAAGCGGAAGAAGAUGGAUGGAUGGAUGGAUGGAUGGAUGGAUAUUAUCAUAUCAGUCGAUUUCAAUAAUUAGUGUACUUUUAUUAUGACCAAUGGAAAAUAAGGAGCAGGAGAAAAUGCAUGUUAUUUAAAUUAUAACCUUUUUUUGUAAUAUUUUUGUUGCAUUAUUAAACAUAAAUAAAUACAAACGUUUCAAUACAUAUUUAAAUAAAUAAACAUACAUAAAUACAAAUUAUAGAAAAUACAAAUGUACCCUUCUUCUGAUUAUAAUCCCUCAGCUAAGCAACAAAAUAGUAAAAUGACAUUGAACACUUCACAAUAAGAGCUUAAAAUGAAGGAAUAUGUGAGAAAUGCUUCAUUAAGUGUGAGAAAAUAGUGCAAAGUGUGAAAAUGUAAACAUGUGGAAACCUGAGAAGAACUAUUUUCUGCAAGUUUAGUGUCAGGAAAUAACGUUUGUGUAACAUUAUUUUGCCCUGUUAUUCUGGUUUAAGUAUGGAAAGGAAUUUUUGUUAUGCAGUAAUUAUUGAAAUAUUAUUAUUAUAUCGGUUGAUAUCAAUAAUUAUUGUACUUUUUAACGGCCUAUGGAAAAUAGGGGGCAGGAGGAAAUAUAUUUGAUUUAAAUUCUAACCUUUUUUCGUAUUAUUUUUUAGUAUUAUUAAAUGUAAAUAAAUACAAAAAAAUAAAUAAACACAUAAUGAAUUAAUACAUAUAUAUAAAUAACAAUGAUAAUACAAAUGUAACCUUCCUGUGAUUAUAAUGCCUUUGUUUAUGCAACCAACUUUGCUUCCAUACUUCUGCUUUCUUCCCACAGAGAAGUAAAAAAUAAUGAAGGUUUUAUUGUCAUGGAUUACGUUUCAAUGGCGAUAUAUUGAUCGGCCAGCCUUGAUGUUGGUGUAGCCUGGAAAUGAAAAUAUCAUUUGAUUUGAUUGAGUUAAUGAGGAAGUUGUUACGUGACAUCAAAGGGUGCCAUGUUUUUGAUACCUUCGCUGGCGUCCGCUUUCAGACUAAACGCCGACUCACGUAAACAAUAUCAGUCAAGCAGCACUGAGAGCGAACUUAAACAAAUACAUGUAUUAAUUGAUUGAUUGAUUGAACCUUUUUUAAGUAAGUUGUAAAGUUUGAUAUUUGAUGAUCUUGGUAUUUUAUAUAUCCAUUGACUAAUUCCUAGUUGGGAGAGUUAAUAUUGUGUUUGUACAUGUCAUGUUUGACGAUGUUUCAGGACGGUGGUUCUCAACCUUUUUUCAGCGAUGUACCCCCUGUGAAUUUUUUUCUAAUUCAAGUACCCCCUAAUCAGAGCAAAGCAUUUUUGGUUGAAAAAAAGAGAUAACGAAGUAAAAUACAUCACUAUGUCAUCAGUUUCUGAUUUAUUAAAUUGUAUAACAGUGCAAAAAUAUUGCUUAUUUGUAGAGGUCUUUCUUGAACUACUUGGAAAAAAAGUUAUAAAAGUAACGAAAAAGUUGUUGAAAAAUAACAAGUGAUUCAAUUAUAAAUAAAGAUUUCUACACAUAGACGUAAUCAUCAACUUAAAGUGUCCUCUUUGGGGAUUGUAAUAGAGAUCCAUCUGGAUUCAUCAACUUAAUUCUAAACAUUUCUUCACAAAAAAAGAAUAUUUAUGGAACAUGUCCAAAAAGAAUCUAGCUGUCAACACUGAAUAUUGCAUUGUUGUAUUUUUUUUCACAGUUUAUGAACUUACAUUCAUAUUUUCUUUAAGAAUUAUUCAAAAAAUAUACUUAUAAAGGAUUUUUGAUUUGUUUCUAUUUUUAGAGUAUUUUCAAAAAAAUCUCACGUACCCCUUGGCAUACCUUCAAGUACCCCCAGGGGUACACGUACCCCCAUUUGAGAACCACUGUUUCAGGAGAUCGUCAAUCUGUACUCCUCCAUAUUGGGUCAUUACCGGAUUGUCGUCAGCAGAGGGCAGUGUGGCGUCUUCUUUUACGUCAGUUUAUUCUGCGUGACGGAAGUGAAGGUUGUUUUGUGUCUCAUUUAAUGAUGCCGUUCUACCGCGGGAGAAACACAUUUUCCAUGUGCUAACACUUUAUUGUUCCUUGCAACACAGACCGCGAAUAAAACCAUCCCUUCAACUCAAACUUUGGCCAAAGUGUGAAAUCAAUUGAUGGAAACAUAUUUUUUUGCUCAUGCCAGUAGAAAACAUGUUUUUUAGACAAGAUAAUGAGGAUUUGACGCUAAUAUACAUUUUCAUGCGUCAUUACCGGAUUGUCGUCAGCAGGGGGCAGUGUGGCGUCUUCUUUUACGCCAGUUUGCUUAGCUUGGCGGACUUCCUGUCUUUUCUGCGCGACGGAAGUGAAGUUUGUUGUGUGUCUCAUUUAAUGAUGCUGUUGUAGGGCGGGAGAAACACGUUUUCUGUGUGCUAACACUUUAUUGUUCCUUGCAACACAGACCGGGAAUAAACAAUCACUUCAACUCAAA